UGGGUCGCCGCCAAACAACCAAUCACAGACCCGCGCGCUCGCCGCCAUGUUUCUCUAGGAUUCUUACGAAGUUGCUGUGAGCGUGGGGAUUAUUGUGGAAUUGAUGGGAGUUUAGCGGGCCAGGGCAGUAUCGUAGCUCAAGAUGGCCUCCGAUGGCCCCGGCAAGUACAGGGAGAGGAAGAACAGGGCGGCCAAGCCCUAUGAUCGGCCCAAGGGUAUUAUCCGACGCGUAACAGAUUCUGUCACUGGUCUGUUUUCGGCAUCGUGGCUUUCUGGUUGGAUGGGUGGUGAAGAUGAUGAUGAGAGUAGUGAUCAACAAGCUGGAUCUUCACAAACAUCAACUGUGGCACCAGCGGGAGAAUCUUUUAUUUUUGCCCAGCCAAUCACAGCUCGUCGGCCAUUUAGACCUAUAUAUCCUGAGGAAGGUGAAACAGAGGGUAACGGUCAACAGUCUCUAGGUGUUAAUGAAGGAGCAAGUACAAGUAGUGGAGUAAGAAUGGGUGUGUCAGGAACCUCAUCAGUUGGUAUUUCAGCAACAACCUCCAGGUCAAUACAGCUAAGUGGAGACAGUCCCAGUCCAUCACUAACGGGACGAAGACAUCCAAUCAUAUCUUCUACGCCUGCCCCAAUGUUCGUGUCUCGCACAAAGAGUCAGCUGGAGUCCCGUUCUUUACCUCUACUCACCUCCUCGACACCAACUGGAGAUGAUGGCAGUGAGGUGAGUGAGUCAUCAGUAGAUACAGGUAUUGACGCAUCUGUAAUUCCACGACCAGAUGAGAGAGAAUAUCAGCGUGAAAUCCUCCAGCUUGAUGAUGAAUCGCUUCAAACUUUACGAGACUCCUUAACCAAAUCGGUGCCAUCGGCGCCUGUUGGGCAGUCGUCAGGUGCUCUACCAUCUCUAGAAGAAACUCGGAAAAGACCACGGGACUUUGAGCCAGAUCAUACGAGUGUUCGUGCUGAAGGCAGUAUUAGCAGUAAAUCCCUUUUUAGCGAGUCCUCGGAUGUUAUUCUUGGACAACCACAACCUUCAGGAGUUGCAAGCAAAAGACCUCGCUUUAAUGCAUCUUUAUAUGGCUCAAUUUGUCUGGGAGAAAAAUCCGUUUUAAGUGAUUCAUCAUUCAAGUCGUCGCCUUUCUACCCGGGUAAAACAAUGUAUGGCGGAGCAUCAGCAUAUAGGAGAAGUAGACUACAACCCCGGACCCCAAGUCAGACUCCACGUGUCCAGAUAAGAGCCAAAACACCAUCUGAAUCUUCAAAUGAUGGUGGUCUCAGUCAAGCUGCUCGGCGCAUCUUGGAAAGUUUGGAGCAAAUGUCAACACCCAUAUCUGAUGCCAAGCGUAUACCUACCCCUACCCCUGGUCAGAGAGGCAGCUUCUUGGAUGCAAACCCUUCAUACACAGCUGCAUUUCAUAGACAUCGUCCAGUUUUAAGAACAUCGGCUCCACCAACAUCUAGACUUCUAACUCCAACAAAGUUGACUGUCCAAGAGAAUUUAACCACCUGUCUUCUGCCCUCAAGUUCAGCAAGUACUUCUCUUUCUUCUGGAUCUCCUGGUCCUAAGAAAAAUGCAAAUUCAGAAGGGGCCCCACGGGUCAUUUCAGAUACUAGUAUAUCAGAAAAGGGACAAGAGAAGAACCCACCAAAGGAUUCCUUGGAAACAUUUUCGGCCUUUUCCAAAGCUUCGGCAGAGGCCGCUGUAAAAUUCAAGCCCGUAGAGCCCUCCGUAUCCUCAAUAACUGCAGCUGAUGAGCCAUCAGAUGUGUUAAAGUUUGGAGCCUCUAGCAACAUUAGUAUGAGUCUAAACACAUUUGAGUUUACUCCUAGAUCUAAUACAACUAUGUCAUCAUUUACAAGUGACUUGCCACAGUUAGCUAAGAAAGUUGGUGGCAAGAUGAAGUCAAGAGUUGCAGAUAGUGGAAGAAGUUCCAAAAGGCAUAAUGAUGAUGAUGUCAUUGUGGAAGUACCUCGUCUCCCAGCUGUCUCUCUUACAAUGACUACUCUCCCAACAAUUAAUCUGCCAAUCCAUGCACCAUCCACGCAAGGCUCACACGUGAAGAUAAACUCUUCACCAAAAGGUUUCACAUUCUCAACUCCUGAAAUAGUUGAUACUCACUCUGAUGUUGAAACACUUGCAAAUGCCCCCAAAUUUACAUUCAGAAAUCCUGCACUGAUUGGGGAGGUUAAUUCAUCUGUUGAUGAUCUUGGUACCAUAGCUGUGCCAACUGUACCAAUGAUGUUUAAUAGCAGUAGCCCAAGUUUGGGGCCAAAACUAAAGGCAAACAACAAGAAUGCUGUAAUACCGUUAGCUGGAAAACUUAGAGAAGGAAGCAUAUUAGAUAUUCUUAAAUCAAAGGGAAAUAGUCCAGAUAAACUAUCCUCUAUAUCUUUACCAUCUAACAGCUUUGAAGAAAAGGUAGAAAAUUCAAAAACUGAAAAUAGUUAUUUAAAUUAUAAAACAAAAUUACCUUAUGAGGAAGAUAGGGUAACUAAAACACCACAAGGGUUUAAGGGCUUUGGUUCUGCCUUUAAGAAAUCUGGUGAUGAAUGGGAGUGUAGUGUGUGUAUGAUUAGGAAUAAGAAUUCAGAUGCGAAGUGUGUAGCAUGUCAGAGCCAAAGACCUGAACAGAGUAUUGGUGUUGGCACUACAGAGGUGACCACUCGUGCAGCUAGUGUAGUGGAGAAGUGUUCUUCGUCAUUACCAGGGGGUGUGGCAGGGUGGGGGGAUGCUUUCAAAAAGUCUGGUAAUAAGUGGGAGUGUGAUAUGUGCAUGUUACAUAAUACAGACUCGGCGGUGAAGUGUGUUGCAUGUGAAGCUCCGAAGCCUGGAAGUACAACUGUGUGUGAAAUUUCGGGUGAACUUAAUAAAGUAGAUAAGGAAGACAAACUAAAUUCAGGGUUUGGCUCUGCAUUUGCCAAAGGCAAAGAUGAGUGGGAGUGUGACACGUGUUUAGUUAGAAACAAAAGUGAAGCCGUACAGUGCAUAUCAUGUGAAACUCCUAAGCCUGGUGCUGCUAGUGUGUGUCAAGCCAUAACUGGAAACUUCAGAUUUGGUCUUAAUUCAAAUGACUUAUCUUCCACAAGUUCUACUUUUAAGUUUGGUUUAAGUAACUCUCAAACUCAAGUUAAGUCAAGUGGAUUUAAUUUUGGAGUUAGUGCCAAAAGUACAGAAGACAGUGACAGUAAAGGGAAUUCAGGGUUUAAGUUUGGAGUGCCUGUAGAGAAGCCUAAUGCAUUGACUGGAUUUUCUUUUAGCUCUAAUUCUGAAAAUGUACAUUCUAAAGAAAAAAGUCAGUGUGCUAGUGGUGGUUUUAAAUUUGGUGUUCAGUCAUUGAAUUCUAAAGAUAGUGAAAGUAUUAAUAAAGAACCCAGUUUAUCAUUUGGUAAGUCACCUGAAAGUAGUUCAGAACCUGUUACUGCUGCCAAUAAGACACAAGUUGCCUUUAGUUUUGGAUCAGGAACUUCAUUAAAUACUACUGCAAAGGAAAAUCAGAGUAAAGUAGUUUCUAAUGAAGUAAAUCCAGCAACGGAACCUACGUCUGGAAAUAGUCACGAUCAACACAUUGAGGUAAAAGACUCCAAAUCAAGUGAAAUGUUUUCAUUUAAAUCCAAGUCUGACAAUGUAGAUGGUAUCAGCAAGACAGCAUUCACCUUUAAUGAUGUCAUACCUGGGCAUGGAAAAGAUAGCGUGGCUAAUGUUACAAAGACUGCUACCCCAAUCUCAUUUGGAGCCUCUAAAAUUACAAAUGCAGGUUCAGAAUCUUGUGCUUUAUCCUUUGGUGCUAAGGUGGUGGAGAGUGCUAUUCCAGCUGGAGGGGUGUUCACGUUUGGAGACAAGGGAGCAAAGCCUUUCGCCUUCGCUUCACCUGCAGGCAACAAAGAGGAGUCCAAAUCAUCACCUUCAUUUAACUUCAAUGCUAAAUGGGACUCCAUAGAUACAAGUGAGCCUGCCAAGAAAAUGACCUUUAGUGCAGCUAACACUGGGGGAAUUAACAAUGGUGUCAGUUCAUCGUCGUCAUCACUGUUUGCCUUUGGAAACAAGGAGAACAAGUUGAGUGCAGGUUCAGGCUUUGGGGCAGUUCCAUCAGCCACCCCAGCAUUUGGAGCACCAGCUCCAGCAUCCAAUCCAACUCCUAAUUUUCAGUUUGGCAAUAGUAACCCCCCUCCUCCAGCAGCAACAGCACCAGCACCGGCAUUUGGAAACCCUGCACAAGCAUUUGGUAGUGCAACUCCAACAUUUGGUACCAACAGUAUCAACAACAGUUCAACUACAUCAUUUGCCUUUGGCCAGCCAGCUGAGAAGAAGCCGAGUGCAGGUUUUGAUUUUGGCCAGGCUGCUAGCAAUACAGGAUCCAGCUUUAACUUUGCAAGUGGGGGAGCCCAGUCUUCAAACAUUUUCCAGUUUGGUCAGAGUCAAGCUAAUAGUACUCCAUCAAGUGGAUUGUUCGCAUUUGGUGCUGCUAACUCGGAAGUCCCUGCUCCAGCACCUUCUUUUGGAAAUAGCGAGAAUCCCUUUACCAGCCCAGCUCCUCCUAGUGGACGUGUUGUGAAGAAAGCAGUCAGACGUAACCGGAAAUAGUAAUGCCGUGACUGUUGUUUUUACCGAAUCGUGUCUUUAGAUUUUUUUUUUAUCUUUUUACCAUAAAUUAUACUUUUAUAUGAAAACGAUAACUGCUUCUGCUUAGGAAAGGUACAUAAUAAAAAAAAUUAUACACAUUAUUCCUGUAAUAUUUUAUUUUGCCGAGUCUCAUUUGCCAUUUUCCCAGGUUAAAACGGAUGUUUAAUAUAGUAAAGCCUCUAGCAUUAUUAAUUUGUUUUAUGUGUUACAGUUUGUGAUAUAUGAAACUAUGGUAAGGUAACAACUUAUUAUAAUACUGUUAAAAGGGCUUUUUUUUUUAGUUUCAUGAAUUGCAAAUAUUGCUACAGAUUUAUUGUUGCAUACACGCAGGUUCCUCAUAAACUAGGAGAGAAACGCAUUGGGAGUACAAGCAUUUUUUUACCUGUGAACAAGAGUUAAGAAAUGUCUAAAACAUUAAAGUAUGGGAAAUUUAAGUUUUGUAAAAUAUAUAAAUAUAUAUAUAUAUAUAAAAAUCUGUAAACAUGUUAAAUAAAACCUCAGAUAGGGCAACUUCCAUGAUCUCUUUGUCUGGACAAGUGGUUGACCUUGACUGUACAUAAAUAGGAGUCCACAUCAGCAUGUCUGGAGUUAUCACAAUUUCAUUUUCAUUGUAUUGUGGUUUUAAUAAUGAAGGAUCUCUUUGUAUGUUGACAUUGAUCAGAAGAAAAAAAGGAUAUUUUGCUCAUGACUAUGAAAUUGUGUAAUAUAUAUUGCACGGGGACAUCCUUAAAUAUUUAUGUAAAAACUUGUGAAUUUGGAGCCUUACAUUUGCCUCGACUGUGUAAUUCAUGAUUUUGAAUUUCAUCCCUUGUGCCAAACGGAUGAUAACUAUUUUUAUGCACAAAUCCUUGGAUUAUUGAGAUAAGUCUUACUCUUUUAUGCAAUCAGUAUUGUUAUUUCACUCGAGAAGGGAAUAACAUUUACAUUACACAGGAAGAAACUUGCUAAUGGCUUCAUCUUCACAAGGAACAUGGUUUAGCUUUGGUUUAUCAAAGGUUAUAUGAAAACUAUCUUCAGUGCUAUGAACAUUCUUUGUACAUAUGGAGGGGCUUAGCCAGCCUCUCCAGUAAUACUGUUUCACUGUUCCUUGUUAGAACAUUGUUAAAUAUUUUAUAUGCCGUGUUCAUAUUGAUGGACAUGUUUUCAUUAGGAAUGUUCAUAGUUCUCUUGUCGCACAGAUCUAUUCUGAUGUCUUGCUAUAAAAUGGCUGUACAUUUUUAAGAAAUAAAUAGUGCAGAUGAAUUUAGCAUUUUAUGUUUAGGUGUUUGCUAUAGAUGAUUGGUGUUAUGAUCAUUCUUGUUUAGUUUUUCAUAAUGGGUAUUUUUCUUAAUUGUUUUACUGGCAUUGCCCCUUAACGUCAAUCAUCAACAGCAUCCACUAUGUGUAGUGUUGUUGCUCAUGCCAGAUGCAAGGCCUCUACGAUAUACGGCAGAUGUGCGCUUCAAUUAAAUAUGUAAGUGAUGUAAAUAGUAUACCCAGGCAGGCUCACUCCUUAUAAUUGUACAUGAACACUUCAUUAGUGUGGUAUAUAUGACGGACAUGCUGCGUUAUUGGGAAGCUACUGCCGUUACUACGUGCUUUGUGGUUGGUUGUGAGAUGCCAAGCGUACCGCCCCGUGUAUUGUCCUGUCUGUUGGAUCCCUGAGAAGUUUAUUAUUGUAAUUAGCCCUAUCAAUAAUAUUAUUUUAUAUUAAUGUGACUUUCACAUGUACAAAGCCGUGAAGUGUGAGUGUGUGAAGGAGUUAGACUGCUCAGUGUAUGUGUCUUCGGUUUUGCAUUACUCAGUGUGAGUGAAAUGUUCAAUAAAGGAGCAUUCAGUACUACAA